UGUCUGACCUAUGACUCAUUACGUCAUUUCCGGUUCCCACAGGAAACUCGCUCUGUCCCAAACACGGAAGUUUCGCGGGCCGGCCUCUUCUCUCAAAAUAGCAGAUAGACUUAUGGGAGUAUAAGAAACAGAGGAAUGAAUCGUUCUACCAGUUUUAUGAAGUGGCUGCACGGCCAGAAAUCCCAGGAACCUGGAAACUCCUCAACAAGCACCAGGAACUGGGUUCACCCGCCAGAUGUACUACUCAAAGGGCAUGUUACAUACCAAACUAAGUUGCUGGGAUGUACAGAAGUACAACAGGCCAAAGGAACAGAGGUGGUGAAGGAAGCCAUCAGGAAACAAAAGUUCUCAACUCAUGUCAAGAGAGCGGAGGGGGCUAAACCUAUCAAAGUGGAGCUGAGUAUCUCAGCUGAUGGACUAGGGAUUUCAGACACCAAAAACAAGAUUCUUAUGCACAACUUCCCUCUGCACCGGAUUUCCUUCUGUGCAGACGACAAAACCGACAAGAGAAUUUUUGCCUUCAUCGCCAAAGACACAGAAAAGAAUGUUCACCUCUGUUUUGUAUUUGACAGUGACAAAUGUGCUGAAGAGAUCACCCUGACAAUCGGACAGUCUUUUGACCUGGCCUACAAGAGGUUUAUUGAGACCAGUGGGAAAGACUUGGAACUCAGGAAACAGUUCCUGGCACUGCAGAAAAAGUUAAAGGAAAAAGAAGCAGAAAAUGAACAACUGAGGAAAAGAAUAUCCAGUUUAGAGGCACAACUCAGGAAGACCUCUACUUCUGCAACGACCACUGUACAUAACAAUAUGGUCCAACUCCCCCCACCCCAGCCGGUUUCUAGAACCCCGGUCCCACUCCCCCCUCCUCAAAACCCCCCUCAGACCCUCCAGUUCAAGCAGACAGACUCCUUCGAUAUGGAGCCCUUCUCGCCAACCAAUGGCAACGCAAUGUCACCAACGGCAGUAAACGGGGCAGCUUUUGUUUCACCUACCAAACCAACGUCUGCUGCAAGUCGAGACGUUUUUGGCCAGGAACCUUUUGAUGCCAUCAUUUCAUCUGGAGGCUCGCAGGAUUAUGACAAGGCCAUGGGGAAUAUUGACUCACAGUUGGCAGAUCUACAGGAGCAAAGUGAACAGAAGGAAGGGUUUGGGGCUGGCUUGACCAUCAGCAGUGGACAGUUCUCCCUGGACAUGUUUGACCCCUUGAGUGAGCAGAGUCAAGCCUAAAAUUCUCAUUUUUGUACCAAAGUUUGCCUCAGAAUUCUAAUCUAACAUGUAGUAGGCAGAAAAAAGGCUUGAUAAUUAGCAUACUUUUGAUAAUCUUUGGCUAAGGACUGAAGUGAGUUUUAUACAAUGUAUCAAAUGGAUGCUUAUGCAUACAAACUCCUCUAGGCUAGCUGUGAUACUGUUGAAACAACAUUAUCAGGUUAUAAAAUGAUAGUAGCAUUUUUUUAAGGAAAUUGGGAUACAAUCAUAGACAUGUACAAAUGUAUACUGUAUACUGUAGAAAGGCUCACCAUCUAAUGGGUAGGCAAAAUACAUAUCUGCACCUAACUAUAGAAUUUGACAGCUCCAGAAAUAGUCAGACUUCAUUGAUUUUCAGUUAGAAUUCAAAAUGUAAGCUAUAAUAUCUUACAUUAUGAUUUGUAAAAAAUGUACAUAUUAAGUACAAAAUUAAUGUUUUAAUAGAACCCAUAUCCCUGCCCCAACAACCCAGCUAGUUAGAGGCACAGGUACUAAAAGUUCUGUGAAAAAAUACUAGAUAUAAACGCAUUUUUUUAUAAAUAAGUAAGUUAUAUAUAAAUACUUUUUGAGAAAAAUGCAAGAUUACAAAAUUUGGGACAUUGUUUUUGGUAGAACUAGAAAGAUACAUCAUUUUGUAAUGAUUUAGGAACAAAACCAAACAAACAUUAAAGCCUAUGGUAGUACUAGUUACAAUUACCGUUGAAUCAUGGACAGGGACAUAAUUAAAAAUGGUAGUCUUUAUUGUUUUGUAGGAUCACUUGAAAGCACUAUGGCCUAAAUUGAGAGAGCAUUUUCAAAUCCAAAUUAGCUAUGAUCAGUUAGCACACAGUCCAAAACACAGUACCACAUUUAGUAAUGUUUUGUAUUGGCAGAAUGACAAAGAAACUCACAUAUUUAAUGACACAGAUCUUUGGAGCUUAUACCUAAUAGCAGUCAUGAUAACUUUGCAAAUGAAGAUAUGAUUGUGCCUUCAUUUUCUAGUCAGUUUAUUCUACAGUGUAUAGAUAUGGCACAUUUUUUCAUCAAAACACCAAUCUUUUGAAGUUUUGUGAAUUCUAGAUACCUAAAGUAGUUGAAAUCAUGCAGUGGCAAGAUUCCUUUUUUCGGCCCCAGAAAAGACUAACUAAAGUACUGUGUGCGUGUAAAAUCCAAAUGAUAGCACAGGUAUUAUGCUUUGUAAAAAGAAUUGAGUACCAAUUUUGACACUACAGUUCUUGUGGAAUGUAGAUUAGUAAGGUAACUCUGUGUUUAAGAUUGUUGCAUGCAAUCUAAUUAAAAAAACUCUACUUCUACACUACAAUCUGAGAUUGCUCAGAUUUUUGUGAUGAAGGAAACAAUUAUAUUUUAAUAUAUAUCGACUCAAGUAUCCCAUUACAAUCAUGUACAACGUAAAUCAAAUUUGAUGUAUAACCUGUUAACCAUUGGUUAUUGGUAGUUUCCAAACAACAAUCAAGUCAAAUUUGAGUGACAAUAAGUGAACGGAUAUUCUUCUCUACAACACUCAGCCAAAGGUUGAAUAUACCUUAAUGACAUUAAUCAGUCAUUAUAUUACUUUAAGGUAUAUUUCAGACAAAGCAUUAUUAAUAGGAAUACAAUUCAUGCUGACAUGUUUAUGAAUGUUAGACAUCCAGGUAAACAAUAUUUUAAGGUAAUUCCAUCUCUACAAAUAAAAUAAUAUUGAAUGAAUAUAGAAUUAGAAGAUUUACUUCUGGAAGUUUCAAGUGACAUCCAUCACUCUUCUUCAGCAUCAUUAGAAUGAACUGGCAGAACACAUCAAUACAAGUACAUCUAAAUGGAAAAAAAACGGUUGAACAUGUCAUAGUCACUCAUGAUGAUUGUAUGCAAAUGCCACUCAUGUAAAUCAUGUUUAGGAAGUUCCUAUGGUUAGACAAUGUCAUACAUGUAUUAACUGUUGUUAUCCUCCAUGUAUUGGAUAGUUCUAAAAUCUAUGUGAGGUAUUUUGAGUUUUUAUGAUGGUGAUGUUAUGUUAAGUUUUUCAGCCAAUUGUGUAUGAAGGGAAAGACAAUGUUUUCUGUGAAGUUAAGAUGGUUUUUAGUUUGUUGAUAAGAGACAGUUUUUGUGACAGCAUUUACUUGUGCACUCUUGUUUGUAAGUGUUAAUACUAUGAUUAUUGCACUUUCUGUGAAUGCUUUAAGGGUCACAGUUUCUCUUCACCACAAGGUACUUGUUGCCAACUACAUGUACAUGUAUUGACUGUCUAUGAUUUCAUUAGUUGAAUAAUCACACCAUUUAGCCUGGGUACCAUCUGGAAAGUAGUUCACUACUAUGUACAGUCACUUCUUGCUCUGACAUUCAUUAUACAGUCAAACCUGUCUAUAGCGGCCAAUCAAGGGACUGGAGAAGUGAUGGCCACUAUAGACAGGUGGCCACUAUAGAGAAUGUGUUGAUCAAUUGACCACGAGCAAGUUACACAUGGUUUCAGUUCCCACUAAUCUUUCUCACCAAGUAACAUUGUCUCGAAAACUCUCGAUUGGUAAAUUUACUGACAAAGACUUGCAUUUUAACGCUCACGGCAUGCACACCUUCUACUGCCGUCAAAAUGACCCUGUUGGGAAUUCCAAAUCCUUGCAAACUACGAUUUCAAACUCGGCGCAGGCUGACAUAUGGCCGCCGUACGGUUGCAAUAGGCAGUGUUUCUGUAUCGACGGGACCGGAAAUCGUGUGGCCGUGGCCGCGUUGGACAGGUGGCCGCUAAGCCUAUUUCUUAAUCAUUACGAAUCCAAGGGACCGACAAAAAGUGGCCACUAUGGCCAGGUGGCUGCUAUGCAAAGGUGGCCGCUAAUACAGGUUUGACUGUACACUAUAUAUACUGUUGCUUCUCUGCUGUUCUGUCUGGGAUCUUUGACCACCUUAGCAUCUGGAAUCAUCCAAAUUUUGGAUGAGGUUGCUGAUUGGUCCCUACAUAUGAGCGAAUUACAAAAUGGCUUCAAGUGUUUGUUUAAACUAGCGUUCCAACAUGCGACACCCUCCGUCCACUUGCAGGGGGGCCUGUUGUCAUUGAACGAGUGCUCUAGAAUCCAUUUGAUAUUCCUUGAUUCGCGCAUUACUGACGUAACCACCAAAAGGUUUGAAUGUGCAGGUCUCCAGACGGGUAGCAGAUGCAAACAUAGGAGAGAAGUACUACCCAGAAGGUACCCAGGCUACAUACCAUUGGUAUUUACUGUAAAGUUUCACAGUUAUUGAAGUUGAAGUGACGUAGAACACCAUAAGAACAUGCAUCGUUGAUGACACAGAUACAGAUACAACAGCAAAGUCAAUUGUCUUACAAAAUUCAGCUUUAGCUCUUUUUUACCUUUUAAUCUCCAACACCAUUAACUUCAUAAUUGAAUCUACCUUUUGGUGCAAGCCAAGCCCCGAAUUUAGUCUAUAAGAAAGGUAGGUUAUUAGUAUAAUGUAAUAAAAUGUAUGUCUUUUUAUGUAAUUCACAAGGAAAAUGCCAUUUCAUGUUGCUUUUGUCUCAAGGCAUAUUAUGUAAAUCACUUGCAGAAUAACUAAAACUGAAUUUUAUGCAUACUAACUUGUUGCUUAAUAUAUUCUGUACUCUACUUAUGUUUUCUUAUUUUUGACAUGAUUUUCAAUGUUGGAAAUAUACUUGGUGAUGGUUUGAA